AUGCAGUUUAUGAAUAGUAGCUUGGCCAGUCUUACAAAAAAUUUAGGCUAUACAGAUGAACAAUUAGCCUUAGUUUUAUGUAAGAAAGUCUAUCCUUAUGACUAUAUUGAUUCGCAAAAUAGAUUUAAGGAAACAGAACUCCUCCUAUAUCACAAAUUUCAUAGUACUCUUAAAGAUGAGUAUCAUGAUAUUUAUCUUAAGACAGAUGUAUUUAAUCUUGCAGAUAUCUGGACAGUAUUUCGAAAAAUGUCUAUGAAAUAUUAUAAACUUGAUUCCAGUCACUAUGUUUUUGCUUCAUCACUAUCCUAG